GAUUCUUCAUUGUGUGAUUUGAGGCAUCUAGUUCUCUUGAAUCUUGAUUUCAACCAAUUUGAUGGAAGCAAAAUUCCGAAGUGCAUUGAUUCUCUUGGUCAACUAAGAGAGCUAAGGCUUUCAAAUACUAAUAUUAGUGGUACUAUUCCUCAUGGGCUACAAAAUCUAUCUAAUUUACAGAUUAUUGAUCUUGGAGGAAAUUCUAAUUUGAUUGCAAAUGAUCUUGAUUGGAUUCCUCAUCUUUCAUCUUUGAGAUAUCUUGAUUUGUCAGGAGUUAAUCUAAGUCAAGUUAUUGGUUGGCAAUCAUCAUUGUCGAACAAAACUCCUCAACUAAGAACCUUGAAACUUCAUGAAUCUUCACUUUAUGGCGUUAUUUCUCAUGAAAUGAAGAAUCUUUCCAAUUUACAAAUUCUUGAUCUUGGAUGGAAUUCUAAUUUGAUUGCAAAUAAUCUUCAGUGGAUUUCUCACCUUUCCUCUUUGAGAUAUCUUGAUUUGUCAGGAAGUAAUCUUAGUCAAGCUAUUGAUUGGCAAUCAUCAUUAGGCAUGGCCCCUUCUCUAGUUGAACUUAACUUGGCUGGCUGUGCUUUGAUAUCUUAUCUCAAUCCUAAAUCUUUCUUCCCCGCAAAUUCUUCCUCUUCCCUCAAAGUCCUUUAUUUGGCAUCAAAUUAUUUAGAUUCUUCAAUCUUACCUUGGGUGUCUAAUAUUAGCAAAGUCCUAACACGACUUGAUCUAUCUAGAAACAUUUUGCAACAUGCAUAUGCUCUAAACAUUAAUUCUCUUCAGGUUUUGGAUCUCAGAGAAAAUUCCCUACAACUUGAUCCUGGAGCUUUUUCAAAUCUAAAUUCUCUUGAAUCUUUAGAUCUUUCAUAUGGUUCUUUGCAACAAAUUGUUCCCAAAGCUUUUGCAAAUAUGAUUUCACUUAAAAGCCUUUAUCUCACAUCAACAUCCUUACAACAUUUCUCUCCAGAUGCCUUCAAAAAUACCACCUCUCUUAAAGUUCUUGAGGUUGCACACAAUAAUCUUGAUAAUAGCAUGGUCAACUCCAUAUCAAAUUUGUGUCAAUUGAAAGAGCUAGGGCUGUCAUACAAUAAGUUUUCUGAUAAAUUAAGUGAAUGGAUACCACAAGUAUCUUGUGCCCAAUACAGCCUAGAGAUGUUGGAUUUAAGUGACAACCCAUUUAGUGAGGGGCCUUUCCCUAAUUUUUCAAGAUUUUCAUCUUUGGUGCAAUUAGAUCUUGCAAAUACCAGUCUUCAUGGGCCAAUGCCACAAUCAUUUGGGCCCUUACCUCACCUUUCAAGAUUGGAUCUAAGCUAUAACAAUUUGAGUGAGUCAUUGCCUCAGUUUAUUGGUCUUAGAUCAUUGAGUUAUUUAGAUCUCUCCAACAAUCAUUUGAGUGGACCAUUGGCAGAGAUUGAUGGACUUCCAUCAUUGGAACAUCUAGAUAUCUCUAAUAAUAAGUUGAAUGAGAUUCUUCCAAGGACUUUUAGAAAUCUUCCUCUUCUCAGUAUAUUGGAUCUCUCUUCCAAUAAGUUGAAUCAUGAGAUUAAUGAAACAUAUCUAUCAACUUUGUCUUGUUUAAAAAUUUUGGAUGUCUCCAACAAUCCGAUUUCUGUCAACUUUAAUUCAAAUUGGGUGCCACCUUUCCAAUUGGAAUAUUUUCUUGCAUCAUCGUGUAAUUGUGGUCCCCAAUUUCCAACGUGGUUGAAAUAUCAAAGGGAGCUUGUGGCCUUGGACAUUUCUUAUGCACAAAUCUUUGAUUCUAUUCCUCAAUGGAUUCUGUUAUUUCCUAAUUUGCGAUACCUGAAUAUUUCCCAUAACAAAAUUCAUGGGGAGUGGCCGAAAUCAGUCUUGAUGAAAUUGGAAAGUGCUUAUACUUGGGACUUGAGUUUCAAUAAUUUUUCUGGUCCCCUACCUUAUUUUCCACAAAAAGCAACGGGCUUGUUUCUCUCAAAUAACAUGUUUUCAGGAACCAUAUCCUUUAUAUGUGCAACAUUUCAGUCACAAUUAUAUUAUCUUGACAUGUCAAGUAAUUCAUUAUCAGGAAGACUUCCUGAUUGUUGGAAGCAGUUCCCCUUGUUGAGAGUUCUAAAAUUAGCAUACAAUAAUUUCUCAGGGAGAAUACCGAAUUCAAUCACUACUUUGAUAGGCCUUCAGAGUAUCCAUUUGAAUAACAAUAACUUCUCAGGCCAAAUGCCCUCAUUGAUAAAUUCUCCCAACUUGUUGUUCAUUGACUUUGGACAGAAUAAUUUGAUUGGAAAAUUGCCAUCAUGGACAGGGCACAGCUUGCCCAAUUUGGUUGGUCUACGUUUGCAGGCAAACAAGUUCCAUGGAACCAUUCCAACAAAUUUUUGUAACUUUCCUAUUCUCCAAAUUUUAGAUCUCUCACAAAAUAAUAUUGCGGGAAGUAUACCUUAUUGCUUUAAUAACUUGAGAGCUCUGUCCAAUAUAACAUUUUUUAGGCAACCAAUUUCUUUUAAUGACAUAUUCCUUGAUGGUUUUCUUUCUCAUGAUAUUCUGAGUGGUAUUAUUUGCAAAGUAGCAGAAUUAGAAAAUGCUUUACUCAUGGAGAAAGCAAUGUUGGUAUGGAAAGGUGAACUUGUUGAGUAUGGGAAGAAUCUUGGACUGAUGACGACCAUUGAUCUCUCUUGCAAUCACCUAACGGGAGAAAUCCCAAGUAGCAUAACAACACUUGCAGCGUUGGCUUCCCUAAACCUAUCCAGAAAUAAACUGAUAGGAUCCAUUCCUGACAACAUGGGCCAAAUGAAAAGGUUGGAAUCACUUGAUUUGUCAAGCAACACUCUUUCUGGUGAAAUUCCAAAUACCUUUUCAGCUUUGAGUUUUCUCAGUUUCUUGAACUUGUCCUUCAACAACUUAUCAGGAAAGAUUCCAAUUGGCACCCAACUUCAAUCCUUUGAUGCUUCUAGUUAUAUAGGAAACCAAGGGCUUUGUGGCCAGCCAUUGAAAGAAAUAUGUCCAGGAGAUGGAAGUUCAUAUCCAUCUCCAAAUCCACCCAACAUUGAUGCAGAUGAUGAGAAUGAUAAGUUCAUAAGCUUUGGGUUUUAUGUGUGCAUGGCUUUUGGAUUUAUUUUUGGAUUUUGGGGAGUUUGUGGAUCCUUAGUUCUCAAAAAUUCUUGGAGACAUUCAUUUUUUCACUUCUUCGAAAACAUGAACGACUGGAUUUACAUUCAUGUUACUGUCUUGAAGGCAAAGCUAAAGAGAAGGUUCCAAGACUAACAGGAAGCAGAGAGAGGGAGAAAAUCUGUUGGAGAAAACUGAAGCACAAUACAGUAAGAUGAUUCAUAUGGUCUGCUUCUUCAUGACAGAGCAUCUCAAUGGAAUAAACAUGGUGAACAUUAGAAGAGCGGCUAUGGAAAGAAGAAGUUGAUGAUUGGAUCUCAAGCAUUAAAGAGAGACUCUUUAUUCUAAAACCAUAUCUAGGCAUCUAUUAUAAGAAAGCUGCUGUUUAAUUAGUAAAAGCUGAAGAGCUGCCAUGGGGUGAAUAAUUUUGCAGAGAUUUAUAGUGGGUAGUGAAAAUAGGAAAGUUAAUUGUUGGAUUUUUGGAGUUUUUGUAUGUGCUUAGUGAUUGCCCAUAUAUACAAAAAAAAAAAUCCCUUGCUUCGUGCUUGGGGACUGGA